AUGUGCACAAAGCCCUUGCCAACAACCUUCUUUGCAAGGAAAACCACUGGGGCAAUCAAUGAAGGAGAAGUCAAGCUCCUUGAUAUGGGGAUUAAACCCUUCAUCUCACGCACAAGGGAUGGGAAGAAGAUCAGAGGAGAUAGGGCACACGCACGAAACCUCAUGCCACUCCUCGAUCAGCUACUCUCCUAUAGCACCACAGCCUAUAGCACUCGCCAACAACAAGGAAGGAGGCUAAGUGUUGGAGGGAUCAUCACGCCUAUCCUCUGUGCAGCUGGUGUGCAGCUAAACAAGAAGAAGGCAACUCCAGCUGGGUGGAUGGACAUCAAGUUUUGCAAGACCAACCUCCUCAUUGAUCAAAAGGAAGUGAAUGGGAGGUACCAAUUCAAGUUCACACACCCCACGGCUGGCCCCUCCAAGCUACUCCUGCCCAACCCUGAACUCACCACAGUCAUCAGGGGUGAGAACAUUGACUUUCGCCCCCCAGUUUACACUUUAUUUGGGCAUGAGGAUGCUUUGCGAGAAGAGGAGCCUGAACUCGAUCGAGUUGAGGAUCGAGCUGAGACUCGAGCUGAGGAUCGAGCUCAACUGGAAGAAGAUUUGGGUGAGCCUGAAUGCUACUAUUUUGAGGAGUGUGAAGCUCCAAGGAUGAAUCUCUCUGUUGUGGCUGCUCACAAGAGGAUUGGACUACUCCAAAAGUUCAACAAGUGGCAAGGGAAGGCCAUUGAGAAGAUGCAAAAGUCCAUGGACAAGAUGGUGAGCAAGAUCACCAGUUUGGAGAAGAAGGUCUAUGGUUCUUCAUCCAAGAAGAAGGAGACAACACGCAGAGGAGGAGGAAGAGUUCCAAGGCCCGAGGCUCUAACUCGACCACCGGACUCGAUCGAGUUCAUACAGAGGAAACUCCACUCGAUCGAGUCAAGGGUCGAGUUGACCAUGAGGAGCCGGAGUACGAGAAUCCUGGAUUCGAGUAUGAUCCAACGCCCUACAAGGACUACCCACAGAGAAGAUGGAACCCAUAUGGCCAGUUCAAGUGAGCCAAGCUCCACCAAGGCCAAGGGAGCCACACACACUUCGAUGAUGAAGAAGAAGAGGAGGAGCCGCAAGCUCGAUCGAGGUGCAUGGACGUAG